AGGAUGCUGGAUGGCCCGCUAUUCUCCGAGGGGCCGGACAGGCCCCAGGAGCCCCAUGAUGAGGAGUCUGGCAGCUGCCUCUGGGUGCAGAAGUCCAAGCUGCUGGUGAUCGAGGUGAAGACUAUUUCCUGUCAUUAUAGUCGCCGCGCCCUUUCUCGACAGCCCAUGGACUCCCAGGCCAUCCAUUGGGCCCGCGGGCUCCAAAGCCGCACGUGUGGGCCGCGCCCGGGAUCCCCUGAGCCGCCGCUCCGCCGGCCCUGGGCCUCCAGGGUGCUGCAGGAGGCGACCAACUGGCGGGCGGGGCCCCUGGCCGAGGCCCGAGCCCGGGAGCAAGAGAAAAGGAAAGCGGCGUCGCAGGAGCGGGAGGCCAAGGAGACCGAGCGAAAAAGGCGCAAGGCUGGUGGGGCCCGAAGGAGCCCUCCUGGUCGGCCCCGCCCGGAGCCCCGGAAUGCCCCUCGGGUGGCCCAGUCUGCAGGGCUUCCAGCUCACUUGCGGCCAGAGCGCCUCGGGCCGGUGGGGCGACCGUCCCGUCCAACUGCGCAGUCACAGAGCGACCCAAGGGUGGCGUGGGCGGGGCCCUGGGGAGGUCGGCGGCUCGGGCCCCCCAGCUACGAGGCUCACCUGCUGCUGAGAGGCGCUGUCGGGACAGCUCCGCGACGCCGCUGGGACCGGCCGCCACCCUACGUGGCUCCACCUUCUUACGAUGGUCCCCACAGGACCCUGGGGACUAAACGAGGCCCCGAGCCCUCCCAGGCGCUGGUCUCAUCAGCCCCAGCUCCGACCCCGGCCAGGACAGAGGGAGGGCGCACAAAAAAGAGGCUGGAUCCUCGGAUCUACCGGGAUGUCCUCGGUGCUUGGGGUCUCCGACAGGGGCGGGGCCUCUUGGGGGGAUCUCCAGGCUGUGGAGCGCCCAGAGCAAGGCCAGAGUCGGGCAAGGGGGGCGCGGAGAAAAACCUGGGGCUCACUGAUGCUGGCCUGAACAGUGGCAGCGAGGGCCAUUCCCAAGCAAAGGCUACAAGGAGCCCGAGCACGGAGACAGCUAUCGUAGGGCCUGCAACUGCCUCUCCCAGCCCCCCGCGUCCAGCUCCCAGGUCUAGGCCCCACCUCAAGGGCUCCAGGGAAGGGAAAGAAAGUGAAGGACAGAGCUGGCUCCCCAAAUGCUGGCUUCCCUCCCCUAAAAAGCAGCCGCCCCAGCAUAGCCAGACUCUCCCCAGACCCUGGGCUCCAGGAGGCACGAGUUGGAGAGAGUCCCUAGGUCACAGAGAGCGGGCAGGACCCGAGACCCUGGCAGGUUGGAAGGGGAUCCGACGCGCCAACACCCUGCCCCGCAGUUCCCGCGGCCCCACUGGUGGAGAAGGCGUCUUUGUUAUUGACGCCACGUGCGUGGUGAUACGGUCCCAGUAUGUUCCCACCCCCCGAACCCAGCGUGUCCAGCUUUUGCCAGCUGGGGUGCCGCGCGCUGGAGGGGAUGCUCCUAGCAGUAGCAAGUCCAGUAAGGAGGAGGGCGAGCGGGGCGCGGUCUUUUCCUCCCCUUGCCAAAAGCUGCUGUUGAGCAAUAGGCUUUCGCACCAACCCGGCGCAGGGCGUGGGUGCGAAGCUGAGGGCCUGGAGCUGGGGGACUCCUCUCUGGAGGAGCGCGCUUCCCGCAUCUUGGGGCUCCCGGUCAGCGAAGUGAACCUGCAGGAUGCCCCCACACAGCCAGGUAGCCCAGAGCACCCAGCCUUAGACCCAGAGGCUUCCGGAGGCAUGGGCAAAGCGGAGGGCUCAGAGGAAGUGGCUACUGUUCCGCGUCGCGCCGGCCGCGGCUGGGCGCGGACCCCGGGGCCCUACGCGGGGGCCCUGAGGGAAGCCGUGUUCCGCAUCCGUCGCCACACCGCCCCAGACUCGGACUCGGACGAAGCUGCGGAGCUCAGCGUUCACAGUGGCUCCUCUGACGGAAGCGACACAGAGGCCUCGGGCGCCUCCUGGCGGAGUGAGCGGACCCGGUGCGCGGUUGGGGGCUACGCCCCGCCCUGAGAGAGCGGGAAGACCGCGGAGCUGAACGACAGUAUCCGGGAGAUUCUGGCUGUCAUCAGCCGAACCGAGGAGUCUCUCUUCGGGGCGGGGGACACUAAGGGGACCCCACAGGAAAAGAGGGAGCGGCAGUAAUAGGCCCCUUCUUGUAGUUGUAUGCCCCUCCCCCCAACCCAUACUUGGGCCCACUGAUCCUCUUUCUUCCCCACAGACUUCCUUUAGCUUCUCUAUUCCUUAUAUUCCUACCCACACCCAACCCCAUACCCAAAACAGCGCCCACAUGAAAAGACAGGGAACAUCUGCUCAUUCAUGAUUUUUUUUUUCAGGAGAGGUGAGGGUGAUCAGUAGACUAUCCUUGCCUGUUACAUUUGGGGCACAAGAGCAAGGAGGUCAUGGGUCAUCAGCAAGAGCUAAUUCAUUAGGCGUGAAGCUGAGCAGAGAAGCCUUGCAGGGAUCAGGCAGGAGGGGAGAGUGGUGGCAGUCACAGGAGGGCAGUAUGAGGGCAGGAGGCAGAAAGCAAUGGCCAGGCCUGGGACUGAGGUUGCCUGGGUGACAAAAGGGCUCUCGGCAGCCAGCAAAGCAGAAAGAGGGCUCACCUUGCUGUCACAGGUCUUGGGUUCCAAUUCCAUUUCUGCUAUCAAUUUGCUAGGUGACCCGGGAAGGCCAGUCUUCCAGGCCUCCUGGCAUGUCAAAUGAGGGAAUUCUAAGGUCUGUAUUUCCAUCUCUGACAUUUUGGGAUCUUUGAGGAGGCCUCUAACUCACUUCCCUCCACAAGACAAGGAAGAGAGUUGGGAAUGAGUGAACAGAGUCUGAGGGUCCCUGGGCAGCCUCCCUGUCACCUCCACUCCUCCUGAAUUCAGGAGAGUGCCCAGGGUUUGUAUAAGAGUUGAGUAGGUGGGCCCGGGGCUCCUAUCCAAGUCUCCCAGGUUUAGGUGAGGGCUCCCCAAAGCAAAGCAGGGCAAGUCGGUGGCCGUGCCACUGUCCCUGGCCUGUAGCAGUCUGAGCCUGAGAGGGAAGGUACCCAGUGGAUCAGCUUGGGACCUCUCUAGGCCUUCUCCAUUUCCUCCUCCCCAGUGUUCCUUAGUGAUGAUAAGGUGAUGUUUAGGUGGUAUUGUCCACCUGAAAGAACCCUGAGAAUUUCUUGCAUCUCUAACUCUUCCAGAAACCGUUGAGGCAAGGAAGAGGGAGGCUGAUCUUAAGCAGCUUGUAGGUGUGGGGUGUGGUGCUCGCUGUAGCCACUGAGGGGCGCGCGCAGGUCGCGGAUUUCCCCGGUUGCUAGCCCCUGAGUCCCCCCUACCUGGGCACUGACAGUUUAAUCAGUUGAUUCCUAAAUCCUCGCGCAGGUCGGGAGCCUUGCGGCCUCCAGCCAUGCGGGGCCGGGAGCAGGCCUCCGGCCUUCCAGACCUCUGGAGAGCGCCGAGCCCCCUCUUCGUAAUCAUUCACGCCACCCGGCUUGGGACUCAGGCACUGAAUCCCUUUUCUCUCCGAUCCUGGGUACCUCCUCUGUCUCUGCCAUUUACCAACCAUGUGAACUUGGCCAAAUCACUUCACCUCCCUGAGCCUCAGUUUCCUCAUCUGUCAAAUGGGGGGUUUUAAACACCUACCUCGCAGGGUUGUUGUGAGGAUUUAAUAAGAUAAUGUAUGUAAAGCGCCUAGCACGGGGCCUGGCACACAGUAGGCGCUCAAUAAAUCUAAGUUUCCCUUUUC